AAUAUGUUUAAGGACGCAACUAGUUCUGAGAGCGAAGAUUUACUGAGAACGGCCGAACCAAACGAAAGAAUAAAUUUCUUAGCCUCUGCUCAGCGUCAGUAUGAUGAUGCUGAUGAUUCUGAUGAUAAUAAUGAGACUGUGGCUGAGGAAGGUGUACGGGGUUGGUUGGUGGUAUUUGCUUCCUUUAUCUGUAUUGCAGUGCUGGACGGCGUUGGGUACACCACAGGACUCCUGUUAAACUCCUUACUGACAGACCUUGGAGGGAGUCGGGCCGAAGUUUCUAUAACAGGUAGUUUACAGGUUGGAAUAUAUUGCCUGUCAGGCCCUCUUGUUGGUAGAUUAGUUACAGAAUUUGGAACAAGAUAUGUUUGCAUGGCAGGAGCCUUAGUUGCAUGUUUAGGGAUGAUUCUGGCCAGCUUUGGACAAAGUCUUGGAGCAGUAUUAGUUGGAUACAGUGGUUUUGCUGGGGUUGGAUUUGGACUCAUGUAUAUACCAUCUGUAGUAGGAGCAGCACCGUUCUUUAACAAGCGUAGAUCCCUUGCUAUAGGAAUAUGCCUUUGUGGAAGUGGAAUUGGAACCUUUACCUUGGCACCAAUUUGUGAAGCCAUCUUGUCAAGGUAUGGAUGGAGAUGGGUCUUUAGAACCUUUGGAGCACUCUGCUUGGGUAACUUAUAUUACUAAAUCUGAUAAUAAA